AUGCGCCUCUUGAACGUGAAGUCUCUACAAAUUGAGCUGUUUUCCGGCUCAAAUGUUUCAGCGUACGUUAUACUGUCACACUGCUGGGGCGGUGGCGAGGUCUCGUUUGAGGACAUCAGUGUCCCUGGCGCUGCAUGGCUGCGUAAAGUCGGAGCGAGGAAGAUCAAAUAUGCCUGCGAACAGAGCAUGAGAGAUCAGUGGGCUUAUGUUUGGAUAGAUACUUGUUGUAUCGAUAAGAGAAGCAGCGCCGAGCUUUCCGAAGCAAUAAACUCCAUGUACAACUGGUAUGAAGAGUCUCAUGUCUGUUAUGUAUACCUUGAAGAUGUCUUGGGGGGGAUUCAGAUUCUACCAGAGACGGACCUGGAUUUGCAGUUUCAUAAGAGUCGAUGGUUUACUAGAGGAUGGACUUUACAAGAGCUCAUUGCCCCAAAUUAUGUCCUUUUUUACGACAAAACUUGGAGGCCUGUCGGGUCAAGAGAAGCCUUAGCCUCCCACAUUUCAGCCAUAACCAAGAUUCCCGAGAAAAUAUUGAAGGAACCAUUGGAGCUGGGAAUACGCCAGUGUGGCAAAGAAAAUGUCAUGGGCAGCAGGGAGGCAGACGACUCGCAUUGA